AUUACUUAUUAUUUGUGUUUGAAACUUAUAACAUAAUAUUACAAAAAACAUAACAUGAUGUUUUAAAUUUUAAUACUAUAAAAUACAAUAUUGAAUAGUAAUAUUAGUAAUAACAUUUAAUUGUUCAAUACUUUUCGUAGCCAAAUCUUAAUGUCACUUAGUUUAUUUUUAUUACUUGUUGGUGACUUUCCAUCGAUCAUAUUAUAGUAUCAUUAAUUUUUAUCCAUGUCUCUUGGAUACCUCAACUGGAUCUAAUGUACUCAUACAUUCAGGAAUACAAACACGCUGGCAGCUGGCAAACAACUUCACAACUGAUAACGAAACCCGGAUAAAUCGACAAACCAGUGAAACCGCCGUCUUCAAAAUCGCAAUACCCAGAUUAUCUGGUUACCCCACACGUUAUUUAACCAAAAAAUAAAUACGAUUUGCGGAACCCGAUAGAGCACACGCCGUGACGACGUCGGUGGUGUGAGACGAACUACUCGUAAAAUGACUAGCGAACUCUCGGACAACAGUUCGAAGACUUCGUGUGCGGACGACAGACCGUUCACGUGCAGCGUUUGCAACAUGACGUUCACUCUGAGCAGCCAUCUGACCAAGCACCGGCGGACGCACACGGGCGUGGAACCGUACCCGUGCGAUAUCUGUGAUAAGUCGUUUGCCGAUAACGGUCAACUGAUGAAACACCGGCGGACACACGCGGUGGAAAAACCGUACUCGUGCGACUUGUGCGACUCGUCGUUCGCCCAGAUCAGGCAUCUGAACAAACACCGGCGGUCGCACAUGGGCGACAAACCGUUCGCGUGCGACGCGUGCGACAAAGCGUUCGCCGACAACAGUCACCUGACCAGACACCGGCGGACGCACACGGGCGAGAAACCGUUCGCGUGCGCCGUGUGCGACAAGUCGUUCGCCGACAGCGACGGUCUGACGAAGCACUGGCGGUGGCACACGGGCGAGAGACCGUACCCGUGCAACGUGUGCGACAAGUCGUACGCCGACAGCAGCAGCCUGACCAAGCACCGGCGGUCGCACACCGGCGAGAAGCCGUACUCGUGCGACGUGUGCGACAAGUCGUACUCUCAGAGCAGCCACCUGGCCAAGCACCGGCGGACGCACGUGACCGAAAAACCGUUCCCGUGCGACAUGUGCGUCAAGUCGUUCACCGACAACGAUUUCCUCACGAAGCACCGGCGGACGCACACGGGCGAGAAACCGUACCCGUGCGACCAGUGCGACAUGUCGUUCGCCCAGAGCAGCAAUCUGACCAAGCACCGGCGGACGCACACCGGCGAACGGCCGUACGCGUGCGACAUGUGCGGUCAGUCGUUCGCCGUCAGCGCCAGCCUUACCAAGCACCGGCGGACGCACACCGGCGAGAAGCCGUACCCGUGCGAGGUGUGCGACAAAUCGUUCGCCGACAGCGGCAGUCUGACGAAGCACCGGCGGGUGCACACGGGCGAAAAACCGUAUCUGUGCGACAUAUGCGACAAGUCGUUCGCCAUCAACGGUAAUCUGACCAAGCACCGUCGGAUACACACGGGCGAAAAACCGUACUUGUGCGACGUGUGCGAUAAGUCGUUCGCCGACAGCAGCGGUCUGACCAAGCACAAGCGUACGCACACGGGCGAGAAACCCUACGCCUGCGACGUUUGCGAAAAGUCGUUCAGCGACAGUGGUACUCUGAAGAAGCACCGGCGAAUCAAGCACACACAACCGGACCAACCGUUUUUGGCGAACGUGUCGAAAGACGUCAUCACUCUGUCCAACGCAUGAUUGUCACCACAGAUAUGUUUUUAAUGUUAACAGUAAUAUUAUAGUUUUUUAUUAUUCGUUCGACAGUGUAGUCAUAUCGUUGCAAGUGAAUACGAGAGGGGUAAUAGGAUAAUCGCCCUCUCCCAGGCCCGUAGCUAGACCAAAUUUUCAGGUGGGGCAAAUUAAACUUUUUGGGGGGGGCAUUAUAUAUAAAAACAAUGCCUUUCUUAUAUUUUUAAUAUUUCGCCCCCCCGUGGCUACGGGCCUGUCCUCUCCCGUUUAAACUGAUUCCCGAGAAAUUAUAAACCUGUCGAUUUAAGAAUCUAGUUUUUAAAAUUAAGUAUGUACAUUGUUAACUUAUGUAUUUAGUUCUUACUUAUUUUAGUUUCUGGUAGCAUAAUAAUAAUAUAAUAUACCAUUAUACUAGAAAUUAAUGUUAAGUACAUUUUGAUAAAUUUAUUAUUUAGAGUUACUAUUAUACUAUAUAUAAAUGAUAAAAAAAUAUUUAUAGGUGAAUGAAUUAUUAACAAAGAGUAAAGACAUUAAAUAUUAUUUUAUGAAUGUUGAUAAAUUAAUUAUGUAAGCAUAGUAAAGAUGGGCGAUGGUGAAUUGCGCCCAAUAAUUUUCAGUUAUAAAUUUUUAUGUAGUAAAAUGCGCUCAUACUAUCUAAUUUAAGAGCGACUUUGAAUUUGUCCGUUUUAAACACAUUUGUACAUUUAUUGGUGUAAAAACCAAACGUAACCAUUAAUUAUUAUAAUAUUAACGAUUUUAUCUGCUGACCUUCCUCCAAAUAUUUGGGCAUCAGCUUCGUAACAUUAACACUUUGAAUCUUUCUACAGUCAUUUUAAUAAAAGCUUUUAUACUCCUCAUCAUCAUAUUUAUGAUUUUAUGAAUAAAAUAUUAGAGUUACAGUCCAAAAUGUACAUAAAUUUCAAAACAAUGGAAAAAAUUAUUCAACAAUACAAUUAAAAUACUAUUACGAGAGCUGAAUGUGUAAAAAUGAUGUCUCAUUAGUCAUUACUAUGCUGAUAUAUAACUAAUAAUUUUAUUAUACUAUUUACUCUAUAUUAUAUAAUUAACUUGAUAUUUUAGUAUUAAUUUUUUUUUUUUUAUUAUUAUUAUUUACUGUAAAAAAUAACCUAAAAAUAUUUAAAACAACUUAUUAAUCCUAUAAUAUUAAAAAUAAUUUUUGGAGGAUAGUGAUAGUCGCCUCCUCACGUUGUUCUCUGGGUAAUGCUAAAUUAUGAUAAUAAAAAUAAUAUUUCUGUUGGGCGCAAUUUCCUACAUAGAAAUUUAUACCUAAAAUAUACUGGGAGCAAUUUGUGUUUUCUUAUUCUUGAUAUUUUUUGUGGUAUAUAUUUGUACACUAAUGUAGUUUCAUAAUUUGAAAAAUCACGUCUCUUUAACACCUACUGAGAUAUUAAUAAUAUAACUAAUAUAAGUAAGAUAAUAGAAUUGAUAUUAUAACCUAUAAUUUUUGAGUAAUAAAUAAUUUAUUUUUCUAUGUUUGCCACUAAAAUAUCUUUUCAUUUUUUUUUAUUUGUUUAGUAUAAAAUAUUUUGAAUUCAUACUUUUGAUAUUGUGGUACUAGUAAAUGAACACUCAUAGUGAUAAAACAAAUUUAUUUUGAAUAUUUUUUGGUUUUAAUAUAAUGUUAAGAGUUUUUUAUUUUACUUGAAGUUAGAAAGUUUAUACUUGUUUGUAUUGAAAAGAGUUAAUACCUUAACUAAUAAAACAUUUAAUAAUUGUUACUGUUUAUUAAGAUUUUAAUAGAUACCUAAAAUUCCUAGCAAUGUAGUUUUUUUUUAUUGAUUUUUUUAUAAAUGUAUCUAUACUGUUUGAUAAAUAAUAGGUACACAAUUUCAAAAUUCAUACUCGUAUUUAAAAUCUUUGUUAUUGUAUACCUAAAACAAAAAGUAGUAAAAACAAAAAAAAACAAUUAUCGUUACAUUUUAUAGCUGUGUUCAUCUACUAAAAAUAAAUUUUUUAUUAUUUGUGUGUAAGUGAUUAGUAAAACUUUACUUUAAUAUAUUAACACCCAGGACUAACAAUGUUGGGUAAAUAAUAAUAAUAAUAAUAUUUCUUUAUUACGGAAAUAAAUUCUAAUUACAGUUUUUUUUUUUCAUAUAAUCAUAACACUUAUGGGUUUUUGCUAAUGAUUAUUUUAUGGUUGUAAAAAAUCUUAAUUAAUUGUCAAAUUAUUUUACUUGUAAUAUUGAUAAAGUAUUAUAAUACUGUUAGCUAAUAUCCUAAAAUUAAAAUAAUGACUUAAUAUUUUAUUCUUAAUUUUAAUUAAUUAAUGUUAUAUGAUAUGUAAUCAAUUGUAUUUUAUUAAAUUUAUUAAAUAAUGAAUUGAAUUAUUUUAUUGGAUUUCAACAUUGAUUAAUUGAUUAAAUAAUUUAAAUACAAAAGUUCCUAUAGGAUAAAUUUUUAAAAAGGUUUAAUUCUAAAUUGUAUUUGUCAGGCUUUUAACUAAGUUAAGUUACUUUUUUUUUCUUCUGGAAAUACAAAUCAGACAAAAAACUAAUUUUUAAACUUAGUUCAUAUAUUUUAUUUUAUUUUAUUAAUCAAAUGAGUGUUAAAUAAUUAGUUAACUAAGCCUACCAGUCUUGACAAAUUGAUGAUAUUGAAUUCUGCUGGAUGAAAAAUUUUUUUUGACUAGAAUAAAAAACAAUAACAUCAAUUCCAAAUUAAAUUGAAAAAAAAUAUUAAUUUUUAAAUGUACAAUAUAUCAUAUUUAUAAUAUUUUAUAAUUAAUGUAAAUAUUAAUAGUGUUAUUUUUAUUACACUAAUUUAGACAUAAUUUCCACAUUUAAAAAAAGUAUAUUUAUUACUAGUACCCACUAUACCCACUACCCAGUAUAUUGUAUUGAAUAAAAUAUCUGUAUUAAAAUUAAUAUAUUAGUAUAAAAAAUAUUUUAUUUAGCAUAUCAUAUCAUUAUGGUUUAAGGGCCCAACAUUAAUAUGCCCCAAUCUCGAAAAACUUUUAGACAGGCCUGGUUUGAAUUAAUUGUUGAUAUAACCGUUGUUGAAAAAAAAAAGAAUUAACAUAAUCUUCAAUGUGAUGAAAUAUUUACAAUGUGUACAAUAAAAUAUAUAUAUAUAUCAAUUUUUUUUUCAGAAUAAAAAUUUAUAUUUUUUUA